AUGGCAAUUGCCUUCCCCAAGAAAAGGAGCCCCAAAACAUCAAUUGGGGCCUUGAAAAUAAGAGAGCUUGAGCUUGAUGGGAAGUGCAUCAAACCUGUCAAAGAGCAAUCGGCUGAAGAAGUGGAGCCCUCCAGGUCCAGCAAGCGUCUUUCAUUCUUAAAGAAAGUAAAGACUAGCCUUCCGAAGGAGAGUAAGGAGCCUGAAGAAGAAGAAGAAGAAGAAGACAAUGUUCAGAACGAACCACUGUCUGUUAUGCAGAUAAAUGAACUUAUUAAAAACAGGCAACUUCUAGAAGCCUUCGAAAACAUCAAGGGUUUGGAAAGGGAGCUUCUAGCUGAAAUAGUUGCCAAGAAAUAUGAAGACAACCCUAAGGAAUGCAUUGUGAAGGCCAAGGAUGUUGACUUGCUCUACGACUCUGUUUCUAAGGCCAUCCAGCACAUUGUGGAGGAAACCCUGGAGCUUCCCAGGGUAAAUGCAAAGGCUUUAAACACUCUUGUGACUCUGAUCGCAGAGGAAGAAAAAGCCCAUGCUGGGGCUACAAGCAUCGCCGCCCCAUCCGAGGCUGUGUCCCACCUUGGGUUAGCCAGGAACUGGAGGCAGCUUUGGGGAGACGCUGUCAAGCAAAGUGUGGAAAUCAGGGUCUCAAAAGUUCCUGUGCCACUGAAGGAGGACAACACCUCUUGGCUGUCUAUACACUUAGGAUAUCUCAAAGAAGUCAUAAGAAAAGAUUUGUUGACAAUCAAACACUGGGUACACAAAUGCUAUCCACCAGACUACAGUGUGAGCGAUGCAUACCUGAAGGCUUUCCACGAAGCCCUCUCUUUGCAUUUACAAAGCAUCCUGGAAGAUGAGAGCCUGGGAUACAAUCAAUUCUAUGCAGUACUCAACUGGGUCACUAAUGUAUACCACAGUGAAAAUCUCUUAGGGUGCCCAGACCUUAAACCAGAAAUAAAAACUGAGGCUCUGCCGGAUUUGUUACCUUCAGAAGACUUAGACAAACUGAAGAGCAACUAUGUUAACUCUGUCCAGCAGGAAAUCAAGAACUGCUUGGAGAAUAUUUUGAUGCUCGAGACCAAGGAAAAGUGGAAAGGACAGCCAGAUGAGCGAAAAGACCAAUACGAUUCAUUGCUGUCCUACGAUAUUCAAACGCUCGCCAAACAACACAGAAAGGUAGCUGGCUGCAUUUGCGAGAAAGUAGAAGGCGCCGUUCUCAAAGGUAUCGUGAAAGAAGUGACAGAAUUCCUACCACGCUUUGGAAAUGCAUUUCUGGACCAAGCGAAAGACCACCCCCAUUUUCUGAUGUUCAUGAUGGCCUACCUUAACAGCUUCCAGGACUUGAGGAUGAACUUGCAAGCGACUUUUUACAUCAACUGCGAAGAACUGGAGAAGACCCUGGCUGGUCUGAUGCUGAGAUACAGGAAAUGCUUUUUAAAUAAAUUAAAGCUGGAAACACAGCCAUUAUUCAAUAAAAUUCUAAGCCAAGCGUGGGUCGUAAGUGGCGGAACUUUCGAUUCGUUUAUCAUGAAAAUAUUGUCUGUUAUUGAGGAGUCUUCGGAACAUCUAAAGCAUCUGAAGGAACCCGUCUGCAAGGAUUUUCUCAAUGAGAUUCACAAGGAUGUGGUCAAAGAGUACAUCACGCAAACACUCAAGCCAAGACGCAGAAUGUGGAAAAUGAAACGGGACGAGGUCAGCAAAAUAAUGACUCAAGAUGCUACAGCUAUAAACAAUACGAUGCAGCAUAUGGGUUCAACUUUUGACUGGCUCACUCCUGCCAUAGAAUACAUUGCUAAAAUAAUUGGCGAGGAAGAAAAACCCCAAAUCAACGACCACGUUAAAAGUUUAUACCAGGAUUAUCCAGACAUCAGAAAGGAGCACAUUGUUGCUGUUCUUGCUCUCCGGGGAUUGAGUCGAAAUAAGAGGCGAGCGAUAGCUGACCAGAUGAAGCAGCCAUCAGAAGAGUCAGGAUGCAGGGUGCUCUUUGCUGAAAUAGAAGUCCCAAGAACCACCACGUGCUUUUUUUAAAAUCUGCAGAAAUGAAAUGUUGAGCUAUGCUUGUUUCCAUGUAUUUAUGAACAUACAAACACUUGAACAGAGUCAGGCCAUUUGUCAAUCUAUCUGUAGCUCUCCACAUCUUGCUCCUUAGUGAUCCUUUUAGCAGGAGAUGCCUAGGAUGAAUCUCAGAAGAUUAUAUACUUGCUAAAAAUGGACACUACUUAGAAAUGGAAAGCGUAAUGCUGGUGGUCAGCAAAAGAGGUUUAAAAAAUCGCUCAAGGCAAAUCUA